GAUUCAAAAAGCUGGAACCUGGAGUUGGAAAUAUAUUUGAGGAAUGAGGAUCGUUUGUUUUAUUCGACUUUGCUGUAUUUUUUUUUAAUCGGGAACUUGUAAUUGUUUUGUUCUGUAAAUAAACGAAUAGAUAUUUACCAAUAAUUAGUAAAAGUCCACCAUACUUGCCAAACAAUGGCUUUUUCGUUUGGAUCAGCUACACAAAGUUCUGGUUUUGGUACAGCCUCCAAGCCUACAUUUGCGUUUGGAAGUACGAAUACAGCUACAACUAGUACAGCUGGGUUUGGCGGUUUUGGAACAACUACGUCUUCAGCUGGAUUUGGUGCAUUUGGUGCACCAACAUCUAGUGCAGCACCAUUUAGUGGCCUUGGUACAGCAGCAACUACCGCACCAUCUAUGUUUGGUGGAACAGGUUUUGGAGUAACUGCAGCAAAACCUGCUACAGCAUUUGGUACUGGUGGAUUUGGAACCAACACUUUUGGAACAGGCACAGGCUUUGGGGCUGGUACUUCGACAUUUGGUAAUACAGCACCAGCAUUUGGUGCAAAUACACUAGGAGGAAGCUCUUUUGGGACUGGAUCUGCUUUCGGUUCAACUUUUGGAAAACCAGCUACAACUGGCUUUGGAGGAUUUGGUACCGGACUCGGCGCUUUUGGCCAACAACAACCCCAGCAACAACAGCAGUUGCAGCAGCAGCAACCGCAGGGUCCCACAAACGCCCACGAGGCUUUGGUAGCAGCUGUGUUCAAUUGCUGCGUGUUUGGUGAUGAGAGAGACCAAGUGCUCGCCAAGUGGAAUCUUCUGCAAGCGCAAUGGGGGACUGGACAGGCCUACUACAGUCGUAACGCUCCACCGUUGGAGCUUAAUGAGCAGAACCCUCUAUGUCGCUUUAAGGCUGUUGGGUACUCCAGAUUAGGAGGGAAAGAGGACAAGGAUGGACAUGUGGCGUUACAGUUUAAUAAAACAGAACAGGAGAUUAAGACGAAUCAACAAGCUCUUACCGUUUCAUUAUCUGGCCUUCUGGGGAACAAACCAAACUUGGCUGUCAAUAUUGAAUCCAUAAAGGCUGUAUCAGAAACUAAAAGUCUGGUUGUUAUAUACGUAACGGACAAAGCAGCCAACAAUGUACACAUUAGUGCGUCGGAGCUUGGUACGUUCCUGAACUCUGGUGCGGCUCGUACCGCGUUAACCAACGCAGGCUGUUCCAGUGUCACACCGGUCAACCGUCCCUCGCCGCAAAUGUUGGAGCAGUAUCUACAGAGUCCACCCCCAGGUAUGGACAUGCGACUCUGGAAACAGGCUCAAGCUGACAAUCCUGAUUCUAACAACUAUAUUCCGGUACCUAUCAUAGGAUUUACAGAGAUAAAGUUUCGUGCACGCUGUCAAAGCGAAGAGGCAGCGUUGCAGGCAAGCUGGUUAAAGCGCGCAGCAGAAACUCUCGCGGAGUUGCGCACGCGCCGCGCCGCCGCAGCAUCCAACCUCUCGCGUCUUAAUGCAUCCUUGCACACGCUCAAACACACCCUUCUGCAGGUGAUAGUACGACAGGAAGUGGUUGGGCUGGUGGGGAUGGCGUUAAGUCCUGAGGAGGAAGCCGCCCGUGCUCGAUUGCAGGAGCUUGCGUCGCAAUUGUCCGCACCUCCCCUUUACAAUGGUCGCCUAAAUGAACUGCUAUGCGCGAUGCGACUUCAACGAAGCGCAAGCUCGGGUGCAUCUCACGAGAGAUACCAUUUGGAUGCCGGUGCGCAAGAAGAUAUGAAGCAAUUCCUAUCGUUACAACAACGUGGCAUGGCCCACUUGUUAGACACUGCCCGCAAGGACCUCGCUGCUCUUAACACCAUCGCGGAAGGAAUGUCUCGCCUGGUCAGAGCUUAGCAAAGCCAUUCAUCAACUGUGGACUAUUCCACGCGGUUCGUCGGAUGGAUCGAGUGAUUUGUUCCCAUUUAAAGCUGUGACACUUGUGUUAGUGAAAUUAACUUUAUUUGUAAUUGUUAAAUUUCAUUGAGCCUUAUUAUCUUUGAGGCUACACGACUUGAAAUAUUCUAGCCCGCAUUCAAAAGCUUUUUCUGUGUUGGAUACGUGUGACAUCAUCCGCAUUUCUUGAGGGAUAUAUUCUUCUUAGCGUGCCGUCUCCUUACGAAGGUUGGCAAUCAUUAGGGCUAUCUCUACUUUUGACACCGCUGCUCUAAAUAAUGAUUUGGUGCUCUUUCUAAACCAUUGUCGUAGAUUUUUGAGCCAUGAUAUUCUUCUUCGGCCAGGCCUUCUUCUGGGAUAUACUUUUUUAAAAUACAAACAACAAUUACUAGUAAUAGUAUAUGUACAGGAUUAAGCUUAGAAGCAAAAUAAUUCCGGAGGUCUUUGUGACAGAACAGAACCCAGUUGUCACUUCCUCUCCACUUCCCGCGUAGGUCUCGUACGGGGCGACUUAGGGAAUAUAACUGAGAACUGGCAGCAGCGUCCUCGGGUCUACUACUACCAUCCACCAACCCGUCUGCCCAGUGUGGUGAUUAUGCGCAAUCCGUCCUCCUAGAAGAGGCCUUUAAUCCAGCUAUGGACUGUUUUACAUUGCCGUGCAUAAAGGGUAUGCACAGGUUAUGCAGAUGAUAUAAAAUGAAAAAAUCUCCAUUAUGAGUUAUAAAUACUUAAGGGUGUGUUUUG